GUUCCUGAACCCCCCUUUUUCCCCCCCCCCCCCCCCUUUUUUUUUCCCCCCCCCCCCCCCCCCCCCCCCUGCCCCAAACCCCCCCCAACCCCCCCCCCUUUUUGCCCCCACCCCCCCCCCCCCCCCUUUUUUGCCCCCCCCCCCCCCCCCCCCCCCCCCCCAACCCCCCCCCCCCCCCCCCCUGCCCCCCCCCCCCCCCCCCCCCCUUUUCCCCCCCCUGCCCCUUUUUGCCCCCCCAACCCCCCCCCCACCCCCCCCCCCGCCUAUUUUUGCCCCCCUGCCCCAAAACCCCCCCCCCCCCCCCCCCCUUUUUUCCCCCCCCCCCCCCCCCCCCCCUUUUUCCCCCCCCCCCCCCCCCCCCUUUUCCCCCCCCCCAAACCCCCCCCUUUUUCCCCCCCCCCCCCCCAACCCCCCUGCCCCAAACCCCCCCCCCUUUUCCCCCAACCCCCCCCCCCCCCCCCCCUUUUUUUUCCCCCUUUUUUCCCCCCCCCCCCCCCCCUUUUCCCCCCCCCCCUUUUUCCCCCCCCCUUUUUCCCCCCCCCCCCCCCCCCUUUUUCCCCCCCCUUUUUUAAACCCCCCCCUUUUUCCCCAAUUUUUCUAUUUUCCCCCCCCCCCCCCCCUUUUCCCCCCUUUUUCCCCCAUUUUUGCCCCCCCCCCCCCCCCCCCCCCUUUUUUUUUUCCCCUCCCCCCAAACCCCCCCCCUUUUUGCCCCCUUUUUGCCCCCCCCCCCCCCCC